GAGGGCAGGCAUUGUGGUGAUCAGGAACCCAGGAGGAUGACCUUGGGAGGUCAAGGGCAGAGCAGAGCAUUGCAGCUGCACUUACCAGCCCUACCCUGUCAGUUCUGGAAUCAGAAGAGGGAUGUGUUUUCAUUUGGAGUAAAGUUAAGCCCUUCCUUCUUAUCCUGGCAGUUUCGAUUCGAUUCUCAUGUUGGAAAACAAAGGCCUGUCAGCGUUUACUGCUACCUCCUCACUCUGCCCUUCCUUAAAUGUUGCAUGAUGGAAUUUGAACAUUACCUCAAGAGGUUUUAUGUUUUGGAGUAGCGGAUUGUGUUUGUCCUCUGCUGACCGUUGCUUCGGACUCAUUUUCUGGUGUCCUUUUGAGGCCUUACACCCAAAGGGAUUAUACCAUGGACUACAAGGAAAGCUGCCCAAGUGUAAGCAUUCCCAGCUCUGAUGAACACAGAGAGAAAAAGAAGAGAUUCACUGUUUAUAAAGUUCUGGUCUCAGUGGGCAGGAGUGAGUGGUUUGUCUUCAGAAGAUAUGCAGAAUUUGAUAAGCUUUAUAAUACUUUAAAGAAACAAUUUCCCACUAUGGCCCUGAAGAUUCCUGCCAAGCGAAUAUUUGGUGAUAAUUUUGAUCCUGAUUUUAUCAAACAAAGAAGAGCAGGACUGAAUGAAUUCAUUCAGAACUUAGUUAGAUAUCCAGAGCUUUACAACCAUCCAGAUGUCAGAGCGUUCCUUCAAAUGGACAGUCCGAAACACCAGUCAGAUCCAUCUGAAGAUGAGGAUGAAAGAAGUACUGAGAAGCUACACUCUACCUCACAGAACAUCAACCUGGGACCGUCUGGAAACCCUCAGAUACUACGCUUCCCUCACCCCUUUGGUCCUCUUAAACAUGCUAAGCCAACAGACUUUGAUUUCUUAAAAGUUAUUGGAAAAGGCAGCUUUGGCAAGGUUCUUCUUGCAAAACGGAAACUGGAUGGAAAAUUUUACGCUGUCAAAGUGUUACAGAAAAAAAUCGUUCUCAACAGAAGAGAGCAAAAACAUAUUAUGGCUGAACGUAAUGUGCUCUUGAAAAAUGUGAAGCAUCCAUUUUUGGUUGGAUUACAUUAUUCCUUCCAAACAACUGAAAAGCUUUAUUUUGUUCUGGACUUUGUUAAUGGCGGGGAGCUGUUUUUUCACUUACAAAGAGAACGGUCCUUUCCUGAACACAGAGCAAGGUUUUAUGCUGCUGAAAUCGCCAGCGCAUUGGGUUACUUGCACUCCAUCAAAAUAGUGUACAGAGACUUGAAACCAGAAAAUAUUCUUCUGGAUUCUGUAGGACAUGUUGUCUUAACAGAUUUUGGGCUUUGUAAAGAAGGAAUUGCUAUUUCUGAUACCACAACGACAUUUUGUGGAACACCAGAGUACUUAGCACCUGAAGUGAUCAGAAAACAACCCUAUGACAAUACUGUAGAUUGGUGGUGCCUUGGUGCUGUACUGUAUGAAAUGCUGUAUGGGCUGCCUCCUUUUUAUUGCCGAGAUGUUGCUGAAAUGUAUGACAACAUUCUGCACAAGCCCCUAAAUCUGAGGCCAGGAGUGAGCCUCACAGCCUGGUCCAUUCUGGAAGAACUCCUAGAAAAAGACAGGCAAAAUCGGCUCGGUGCCAAAGAAGACUUUUAUCUAAGGCAGAAAUGUCAACUCUGUUUUACCUAUGAAGAAACUAUGAUAGUGAAGAGGAUAAAGUGUGCCAUGUGUACUCAGCUUGAAAUUCAGAAUCAUCCCUUUUUUGAAUCACUCAGUUGGACGGACCUUGUACAAAAGAAGAUUCCACCACCGUUUAAUCCUAAUGUGGCAGGACCAGAUGAUAUUAGGAACUUUGAUGCAGCGUUUACAGAAGAAACAGUUCCAUAUUCUGUGUGUGUGUCUACUGACUAUUCUAUAGUAAACGCCAGCGUACUGGAAGCUGACGAUGCAUUCGUUGGUUUCUCUUAUGCACCUCCUUCAGAAGACUUAUUUUUGUGAACAUUUUGCCAUCCGGGAACCAUUGAGCAAAUAUAAACCUAUGUACAGAUGAGACUGAAAUUCCUGUUUGUGUGAAUAUAUUCAAAUAUGUUUAGUGCCUCUUUUUUACAUAUAAUGUUAACAACUAUGAAAAAUGUAUUUUCUGCUGUAUGUAAAAAAAAUAGUGCAUUUCAAAGAGCUAACUUUGGAAUUAAAAUUUGUAUUCUUGUUUAUUAAGCUUAUUUUUAAACAGAAAUUUUAAAAGCUAUUGUUCUUAGCAUUAACCUAUUUUUAAAGAAAACUUUUUUGCUAAUGACUGUUUUUUUCCCAAGUUUACACUAACACCUACCCAAUAGAGACUGUUUUUCAACAGCCUAUUUCAGUUCAGUUAACAUAUAUUAAUGCCUUUGUAACUCUACUUUGAUCUUUGUUCUCAGAUCAGAACUAUGCAAUUUGUAUGUGGUUGUUUAAGAAGAAACCAUACCUGUCCCUAAUAAAUCUCUGCUUGCCAUAAUCAGUCUUGGUAGGAUUACAGUGUAAAAGCAUAGUUAACACAUUGGCUGCUAAUUAACACUUUGAGUAACUGUUCAUUCUGCAGGUCAAAUUAAAAAGUAACAAAAGGAGGCCCUGGCUGGGUAGCUCAGUUGGGUAGGGCAUUGUCCUGAUACACCAAGGUUGUGGGUUCGAUCUCCUUCAGGGAAUAACAAGAAUCAACCAAUGAAUACAUAAAAAAGUGGAUCAACAAGUCUGUCUCUCUCUCUCUCUCUCUCUCUCUCUCUCUCUCUCUC